CAUUACAGUCAUUUUUGCAUGGAUCUGGGCGGCCGCUAUAUAAACCGCCAUCGCCGCCUUCACCUUCAGUACAACGAACUCCGCUGUACAGACAAGAUGAAGAUGCUGUGGCUGUUGACGCUUGCCGCUGGGGCCCUGGCUGCCGACGUGCUUGACCCGAGCGAGUGCACUGCCUUCCCGUGCCUCAUCUUCAACGACGAGUUCGACUUCCUGGACCACAACAUCUGGGAGCACGAGAUCACCAUGGGGGGAGGCGGGAACUUCGAGUUCCAGACGUACCUCAACAACAGGAGUGUGAGCUACGCCCGCGACUCCACGCUCUUCAUCAAGCCGCAACUCAUGUCGGACUGGAAGGACGAGGAGUUCCUGAGCAGCGGAGAACUCGACCUGUGGGGCAUGAACGGCCAGGGGGACGUGUGCACCAGCAACCUAUUCGACGGCUGUAAACGCACCGGCAACUCCGUCGACAUCCUUCCUCCUGUCUUCAGCGCCAGGCUAAGGAGUCUCGAAAACUUUGCCUUCAAGUACGGCCGCAUCGAGGUUCGUGCGAAGAUGCCCCGCGGAGACUGGCUGUGGCCGGCCGUCUGGUUGCUGCCCGAGAACUGGCCAUACGGACCGUGGCCCGCCAGCGGAGAGAUCGACAUUCUGGAGUCCAGGGGCAAUGAUGAGUUCGGGGACCUGAGCAACCUCGCGGCCGGCUCCACCCUGCACUGGGGACCCUUCUGGCCUCUCAACUUCUACGAAAUGACCGCUUCCGUCUACAACACCGACGGCUCCUUUGCUGAUGCCUUCCACGUCUGGCGCGUAGACUGGACCAGCAAUGACAUCAAGGUCUAUUUGGACGACGUGCUGCAGAUGACCGUCGACCCCGGCACCAGCUUCUGGGACUUCGCAGGCAUGGACAGCAACAUCUACGACAACCCGUGGGCCGCAGGAGAGAAGAUGGCGCCCUACGACCAGAAGUUCUACAUCGUCAUGAACUUAGCUGUGGGCGGCACCGGAGGCUUCUUCCCUGACGGCAUCGUCGCCAACAAGCCUUGGGAAAACACCUCCCCCCAGGCCUUACUCGACUUCUGGAGCGCACGUGACAGCUGGCUGCCUACCUGGAAGCAGGGCGAGGGAAAGAUCAGCGAGGGCGCGGCCAUGCAGGUGGACUACGUGAAGGUGUGGAAGAUGGAGAGCGUGGACCAGUGAGCGAGGCCUCCACAGCCACCCCCAACACCUCGUCUCCGCCGCCCUCCCUUGGUGACGGACUGACGAGCCCGGUGUUGAGUUCUAUCACCUUCAUCAGAACGCACGUUGCUAUUCCUUGAUCUCUAGAUGUAAGCAAGCAGUACACGACUUGCAUUCUGUCACAUGUUCGUCGUGUGUCUUUAUAAUUAUAGGUGAUCAGCUUCCACGACCAACGCCAAUACCAACGCCUACAUCCAACAGCUUCAUUUCUUUCUUUUCUCAAGUUAUAAAUCAUGCACGAUUAACAAUUAAUUCUACCCGAGAAAUAUCAACCAUGAUAUAUUCUACUACUUACGACUUGAACAUAAAGAAUAGCACAAUUUUAUUUUUUUUAAACCCAUUUUCUUAUGAAAGCUCUUUGAUAUAAACAUGUGGGAAAGGGAAAACUGACACUAACACCACUUCAUUACCUUCAAAUAUAUCCACCAUGAUGUCCUUGCUCACUAUGAUGACGAGAAAUAAAGAAGCAGCAGGGUU